AAUAUACUAGAGAAGAUAACAAAUGAGAGAAACUAAAAACAAGAAGGGAUAGAAAGAAAGAAAAUGGCAUCAUCAUCAUCAUCAUCAGUAGUGAUGAAUAUGAACAAGUUGUUAUCUUAUAAUUGCAAUACAGAUUCACAAGCUUUCUCUCAAAAAACUCAAUUUCAUUCUCCUUUGAACAUCAACCAACAACAUUAUUCAACUAGACUCUCUUCAGAGAUACUAUCACUCAAACCCAAUAAACCAGCAGGAACCAUUCUACAAAAACAUCUCCCAAGAUGUACCACUACUAGUGCUACUUCUCCACCUACAACAGAUGAUGUUUCGGAUGCCACUAAAGAGGUUGAGGAAAGUAUAAAGGUAUUAAAGAAAGCAGCCAAGACUAGAAAAGUUGAGAAACAAGAAGUUCUUGCGGCACUUGGUGUAAUCAAGAAGGCUAAUAAGGAUAUAGACCCUUCAAAAUUUCUUGACACCCUUGGUGGAACUCAAUCACCUGGAAACACUUGGAUGCUUAUCUUCACUUCUAAAGAUAAAAUCAAGAAAGGCAGCUAUUUCCCAAUAACCGCUGUUCAACGAUUCGAUGCAGCUGGGAAAAGGAUUGAGAAUGGAGUAUACCUUGGGCCACUAGGAUGCUUGACAUUUGAAGGAAAAUUUUCAUGGAAGAAGAGGAUUUUGGCAUUCACAUUCGAGUUGCUAAAAAUAAAGAUUGGACCGUUACCUCCUCUGAAGAUAAAUCUAGGAACACAAGAUGACAAGGAGCCAAGCACCAAAGACCCUUUCUUCAUAUGGUUCUAUGUAGAUGAAGAAAUCGCAGUUGCUCAAGGAAGAGGCGGUGGAACUGCGUUCUGGUGCCGUUGCCGCCGUGUUGCUGCAUAAUAUCAAUGCUGCCAGCUGCAUUUAUUCAUCAACUAUUUGGACAGUUUUUGUGUAAAUACAUAAGUGCUAUUCUUCCUUAAAAAAUAAACGGAAUCUUAUAGCCGGCGGCGUAUAAUCCAAGAAGGCAUGCAGCCCAUUCCAAGAAAUGUUUAUAAUCUUACAUAAAAAAUAAUCAAGAAAUUU